AAGUGUGUCUUUACUUGACUUUUUGUUUAUUUAUUUUUAUUUAUUUGUUUCUCUUCAUAAAAAUCCUAAAUUCCAACACAAUUUUAAAUGGAAAAUUGCGAAUCGAAAUUCGCAGAUCUUUACAAAUCUCACAACCGAUCUGAUGUACAAGAAAAUCGUCGCAAACAACUACUCAAAGAACAAAAGCUCCAUCGUUCUCUAUUUCAAGAUGAAUCAAGGAAUCUCCAAGAGAUCGUUACCAAAACCGUCAAAAAUGAUGGCAAAGGCGGCAGACACAAGGUAAGAACAUUUAAAAAGAAGUAUCAAAUCGAUGCCAAACUACAGCUUUCCGAAUGGCUUCGAGAGAAACCGGAAAACAUCAACGAUUGGUUUUUGGUUCCUUGUCCGAAAGGACAACGUUGCAUGGUAAUGGCAUGCAAUGGUUAUACAGAGAUGUAUUCGAAGGCUGGACGCUUGCUUGAUACCUUCAAAUCGCUAUUGCCAGGCAAUGUUGGCUCAAAAAACGAUGUCACAAUGCUGGAUUGUGUUUAUGUCGAUGAGAAAUCAACUUUUUACAUACUCGACGCCCUGGCAUUUGGAAAUCAGGAUCUUAUCAACUGUGAGGCUCAAUUCAGAUUCUUUUGGCUGACUUCGAAGUUUUUGGAAAACAGCUACGAUGAAAUCAGCGAUAGGAAUCCUUACGCCUUCGAGUGUAUAAAAUUCUUCGAUUUCGAAAACACGACAAGUGUCUCAAUAGGCCUGCAGCAGUUUCCACUUUGGGAGAAUAACUCUCCGGAGCUGGAUGGUUUUCUAUUCUAUCACAAAGAAGCCAGCUACACAUUUGGAACCACUCCACUAGUUGGGUGGCUUUUUGCAUUUAUGGUACCAGAAGUCCUUAACUACAAAGUUAAUUCAGAGUAUAUGACACAAAAACCCGAAGGUUACUCCGAUUACCUUCGCUAUAUUAUAGACUUUGAUGAAGCAAUGGCAAAGAAGAAAUAUAAAAUUCGGAAAGUGGGGAAAAUGGACGAAGAUGAGAUGAGCAGAGACAAGAUUGAAGACAUCGAACUUGAUGACGAUGCUUCGCUAAAUGCACUUUUAGAAGCUGAAAAGAAUUUGGAACUAGAUGGAGGUGUAGAUGACGUUAUAGAUGACUAUGCUUAGUUUUAUAAUUCAUUUUAAGUAAGCAGUAUAUUAUAAUAAAUAGAUAAAAUCUAUUCUA